UUUUGUAUUUACAGACAUGUAAUGCUAACGUUGACUAUUAUUACAGUAUUAGUUCGAUGAAUCUACUAUGUCCUCAAAUUUAUUGUUAAAUUUUGUUUUUCGAUUGUUACAUUGAAUCGGUAUGAACAAUAGAAAUACGGGUCGACAGCAUCGAAGUUCGAAUAGGAAAAGAGUAAAAAGCAGCAGCAUGUAUAGCCCUGUGCCUGGAAUAGGAAAACCGAGCGUUUACCAUGCUGUGAUAAUUAUAUUCCUAGAAUUUUUUGCGUGGGGUUUACUCACAACACCCAUGAUGGAUGUUUUAAAGGAAACUUUUAAUGAAAAUACGCUUCUUGUAAAUGGAAUAAUACAGGGUAUCAAGGGAUUGUUGUCUUUUCUUAGUGCACCAUUACUUGGAGCACUUUCUGAUGUAUGGGGAAGAAAGUCUUUUCUAGUUUUAACAGUGUUUUUCACAUGUUCUCCCAUUCCAAUAGCAUUGAUGAGUCCAUGGUGGUUUUUUGCAAUGAUAUCAAUCAGUGGUGCUUUCUCAGUAACAUGGUCAAUAGUAUUUGCAUAUGUAGCUGAUGUAACAGAGGAAGAACACAGAAGUUCAGCAUAUGGUCUCGUAUCAGCUACGUUUGCUGCUAGUCUCGUUACAAGUCCUGCAAUCGGUACAUAUCUUAGUCAUGUCUACGGACGAAAUGCUGUCAUAGUAUUAGCCACGGCCAUUGCAGCGUUAGAUGUAUGUUUUAUUCUGGUGGCUGUGCCAGAAUCUCUUCCAGAGAAUUUCAGACCAUCUUCAUGGGGAGCUCCUAUUUCAUGGGAUCAGGCUGAUCCUUUUGCGUCGUUACGAAAAGUUGGUGGGGAUCCAAUUUUACUUCUUCUAUGCACCACUGUGUUCUUAUCUUAUUUACCCGAAGCUGGACAGUUUUCUUGUAUAUUUUUCUACCUCCGCCAUGUAAUUGGAUUUGGCGAUGAAAAAGUCGCAUCUUUUAUAGCAGUUGUUGGUGUUUUAUCAAUUGUAGCACAAACUGCAUUCUUGACAAUGCUGUUUCAGUCGGUUGGUAACAGAAACACAAUAUUACUUGGACUGUCAUUUCAGACUCUUCAAUUAUUGUGUUUUGCAUUCAGCUCUUCUGAAUGGACAAUGUGGGGAGCUGGUCUAUUAGCAGCAAUGUCUAGUAUUAAUUAUCCAGCUCUUAGUACGUUGGUCUCAAGUAUCACAGAUAAACAUCAGCAAGGUGUGGUACAAGGUAUUAUAACGGGCAUAAGAGGUUUAUGUCAAGGAUUUGGUCCUGCUAUGUAUGGAGUUGUUUUCUAUAUAUUUGAUAUUCGAAUUGAAGGAGAUAUGCCUGGUAAUUUGAUGGCUCAUACUACAGUAGAUGUAAAGUCUGCCAACUCCUCAACGGAAGUUGAUAAUCAAACUUUCCUUCCUGGGCCUCCUUUUCUUUUUGGUGCAAUGUCUGUUGUAGUAGCCAUGCUUAUUGCCCUUAUGAUUCCAAACACAGAAGCACCUUCAUCAACUAUAACUUAUUUGUCAUUGCCAAUGCCAAAAUCUUUGAGGAGAUGGGUGAAGCAGCAUGCGGCAUGUCGAGGAAUUCACUCAGAAAGUGAUAAGGAAUAUACGAUCAAUAAUGGAAAGCUAUCAGAUGAUCAGUUGUCAAUACCACAGACAAGGGCUGAACUCGAAGAAGCAUUGCUCAGUAUGAACUCCAGUGAUGAAGAAGUGUAGCGAAAAAAAGGGAGGAAUGAAAUUUGUUCUUGUACACUGAAGGUUAUAUCUACAUCAUACAGUUGGUGUUGACUCUUGUAUCUGCUGUGACAAUGUUGCUUGACUGACAUUCGUAGCUUUUUCAUCUUGGCCUAUAAAUAUUCUCUGACAAAAGAAACAAUGUCACUGUGCUCUAACUUGGGCGAGAUAACUUUUUUUUAUCAGUUUAUGCUUGAACUACUUAGUAUAUUAAUAACUCUUCGUUUUGUCAAAAAGUACAUUGCUGUGUUGUGACACUGUCUGACAAGCAGCAAAUAAGCAAUAAUGAAGCAGAUAAAGAAGUACAAGAGUUUUAUGAGGUCCCAGAAACACCCUGCAAAUUUACAAAGUGUGUACAAAGACAUGAAGAUGAUUACUUUACGAUUCUAGGGAAUUCCAAGAUUAGUUGUCCUAUUGAGUGCAAUACAAAUUUUAAUUUCAAA